CACCCCAUACUCCCCAGCUCACGAUGUCGCAUCUGUUCCAAUUGCUGGAGACGCAUCCAAAACGCGCGGCAACCAUUCUGCCAUCUCCUCGGGGAUUGGCGUAGGUACGCUUGGCGUACAGAUCGCCUCGAGUGCGGGUGCGAAAGUCAGAGAACAGUCGCCAUGCAGCGCAAAGCGGACGCUGCCGAUCGCGACGCGGACAGACUUGUCACAGCCCAACCACAAAAGCGCCCUCGCAUCGCUGUAGAGGACGCUCAUCCUCUAACCUCGGGCGCGCGCCAUAACGGCAACAUCAACGCUAAUAGCAGCGUCAGCAGCGUGGAAGCGAAUACUGCUGCGAAUUCAGACGAUAGUGGCGUAGAAGACGCGUCGCUCCUGGUACCAGCGCAGGACUUCGUGUCGAACCAGGAGCUUGCGCCUCCUCCCCCGCCUCCAGCGCCUGCGUAUGACAUGCCGAGUCCGCCGCCAGCCCCUGGCGGCUCAAACCCAGGUCAACAAAGAGCAAUUUCUGGUGAUGCUGACGGUGCAAAUGCAUCCCUGCCAGCUUCACUAGACGACGCGCAGGGCGUUGCCGCGGCGGAUGCAGCAGCAGCAUCCGUGGCGGGUGCGACUUUCUUCGGCAGCGCCGUGCCCGCCACACCCAGUUCAAAACUCUCACGAAAGGGUAUCAGCAAGAAAAAGGACAAAGAUGAAGGGAAAGGGCCAAACAAGGUCUCGUGCAUGGAAUGCAGAAAUAGCAAGGUCCGAUGUUCCGGGCCGCUCGAUGAGCACCGGCCAACAUGCGAGAGGUGUCGACGCCUCUGCAAGCAAUGUGAAUACCACGCUCACCGACGCGGUAGACGGCCAAAAGACCCAAACGCGGCGGCCAUGAGAGCUGCCACUGCAGGUGCAGAUACAUCCAUCCUCUCUGCUUCCACAUUCUUUUCUACGCCGAGCCGCUCCAUCUCCGGUCCUUCACGCAGGCACGUGUCGUCUUCGGCAUAUGGUCACGCGCCCUAUCCCAACGACGGUGUCAUCCCUGAUGAUGAGGAGGCUGUGGUCGGCACAGGCAUCAACCAUCAAGGAGCCAUUUUAGUCGAAGGAGAUGACGCCGAUGCGGGUUUGCCAGCCCUGAGUAACCCCCUUAAGCUACUUGCCUCAGCUGGUGCGUCGCGCAUCCGCCCACCACCCCCCACUCCUGCCCCCGCACCGUCCAUACCGCUGCAUGGAUCGUCACAACAGCAACAGCAACAGAUCCAGCAAGAAGGAGAGCGGCAGCUACAAGAGCAGAUCGAGCUGCAUAAUCAGCGCCUACAGCACGUACAGCGAGUCUUCUCUGCUGCCGGCGGAUCAGGCAUUGAUGCCAGUCUCGGCCUUGUUGAUGCUUUGCCGACACCAACGCCGGUCCCCGGUAGGAAUGAGCUCAUGACACGUCCGCGCUUUACAUUUAGCCUCUACGCUGAGCGUUUGGACCUAGAGCCUCGCUUUGACGUUGUGCUGCCACAGAAAUUGCAGCAAGAGUCGUCUCCUGAACGUGGCGUUCGGAGCGAUGAAAAAGAGAAGGCGAAGGAAGAGCCUGGCGCCGCCUUGCUGAAAGAGGAAGAGGCGGAGAUGCUCUUUGACACUUUUAUGCGGCAUAUCAAUGGGUCGCUUACGCUCCUCGAUCCACAUCUCCAUACAUUUAACUUCCUUCGUCGGCGCUCACAUGGCCUGCUUGCCGUCAUCUGCGCGCUCGCAUCAAAAUUCACCUCGAGCUACAGCUCUCGCCCGUCAAGACGCUCCGGCCCCAGCUCAAGCGUCGACUCUGGUGGAGCAUACUGGGCGAACAAAUCGCAUCAACUCGACAAGCACGUGCACAAUAUCAUCUUGCCAGCCAUCAUGCUUGAGGGCUUUCGAAGCGUGGAGCUCGUCCAAGCGCUCAUCAUCGCCGCUGCUUUUCACCCACCGCCACCGAGCUUGAACACCAGCGGCGGCGGCAGGGCUGACCGAAGCUGGGCUUUUUUGGGUCAUGCGAUCUGUAUGGGUGCCGAGCUGGAUCUUAAUGGAAAGAUGCUCUCGACACGGUUACCUCCCCCUGUUCGAGCAGGCUGGGACGACGAUGCAGCAGCGCCGGUACCUUCAGGUGCGGCUGCUACGCCGACAGAAUCAUUACACAGACGCCUGCGGAAUCGCGAGCGAACAUGGCUUAAUUGCUACCUGUUUGAGCAGUUACUCUCUGCGCACACAGGUCGAAGACCAACCUUGAGCGCAGCUAACGACCCUGUCGUGCUGCAGUGCGAUAAAUGGCAUCUACCUGCUGCCAGCCACGGUUUCGCGAUACCCGACGACGAAGCGAUUGUCGCGCUAGUGCAGCUCCAACGUGUCGUCAGUCGCUUGACGGAAUUCUGGGAGCGUAGCGUUGGAGACGUGUUCCUCACUCCAGGGCAAGGGUCGAGAACCUCCAGAGCCUCGGCUGCGCGCGAUGAUGCGUCGCACGCGCACAGUUCCCGGCGGGAAGCUGAUGUGGACAUCGAUGUCGACCCGGACCUCGGGCGCGAAGGCGCAGGCGCAAGUGUCGGGGGAGAUGAUCUGUCAUCCGUUGACUGGGAGCAGGCAUCGCGCGAAGCGUUGGUUGACACCUUUCGACGCGCUUGCGAUGCAGAACUCGAGUCGUGGAGGACCACCUGGUGCAGUGAAUUGCUCAGCGGCAGCAGCGAGGGUGGAAGCUUGACGGCAUCCUCAGGUCCCUCUGAGAUCUCAAUAGCGACAGCUAAUGGGAGAAGCAAAAUGGCGCAGGAGAGACUGCAAAGUGGCCUGCUCUACUUUCACUAUGCCAGUCUCCUGCUUCAAUCGCACGUUUUACGCAGCCCUGGACUGAGCGCCAACGUGUUGCAACCGAGCUACCUUGCUGCAUACACGCACGCUACGUCGUACUUGCGGGAAUUCCUGCGCGCGCAAAAACCUGAACGUCUGCGGUAUGCGCAAAACAGCACCGCGGUUACAGCAUGCUACUGUGCGAUCUUUACUCUGCGCCUCACAGAGCUGGAGGCGAAUAACAUACACACAGCGACAGGACCAGCGGUAUCAUCUUCCUCAUCGCCAACUGCGCCUGCGAGCCAUACGCGUGCCGACGUACCAGCCAUGCUCACGCUGAUUCGGCAGCUAGCGGAAGACUUGGAGCUUGCUGGCAAAGUAACAGCACAUCGUCAAGGUUUGGCGAGCAAUUAUGCUGCACAUCUGCGCGUCAUUUUGGCGCAUUUUGAGCAAGCGAACACAGACCCAGCACUCACGCAGUAUCCAGCCCCACCGCCGCCGCUGUCGGUUGCUGCACAUGCUCUAAAUCAAGGUUCCGGUCACGCACAUGCGCCAGGCGAUCAGAAUGGCACAUAUGUGCCCUGGCACCGUAGUGCUACUGCUGCUGCCAAUGUAGCCGAAGCGAAUGCCGCCAAUAGAUGGACCACAGGCGAAUCUGAGCCGAGUGACUUCACGUUAUCUGGCGACCAGCAGCAGCAUCUUCAACCUGAUGGGGGUGAUGGGUCGUUGGAGGCUCUCGAUCGGUUCUUGACCGAGUCACUGUUCCCAAGCCAUAAUGCAGCUGCACUUCCACUGAAGGAAUGGCUCGAACUCGCUCAAUUGUAGACUCAUUCGUCACUGCAAAAUACAAACUUAAUGCGG